CUGCUGAAGGGGCAGCUGCCUUUCCUUGUACCUUCUGUGGGUUUCAGAGCUCUGAGGAAGCUCAGCCUCUCCAUAAACCUGACAUCCCAUCUCAAGGUCUGUGCCGUGUGAUUGCAAUGCUCCUCUGCAUCGAUCCUCUGUGGCACAGGUCCUGCUCAGCACACCUUUGGUCUCUGCAACACCUGGGCUCCAAAUGGCUCGAUCCCUUUUCUCAAAGCUGCAAGAAGCUUUUUGCUCAAUCCAAGCAUGUGACUUACAGGGAGACUCCAAAACCUGCCCUCGCCAUUCCAAUGCUCAAGCCUGUUUACAAAACAGUGGCUGAGGGCUGCUAUUUAUUGUUGCAUACAUAUUGCAUUCAGGGUUGCUAAACAGUCAAAGCUAAAAUGAAAGUCAUCUGAGCAGUUUGCUUUAAUUAGAGUAAGAUCCUGAUGAAUCAUGAAGUCUCUUUACCUCAGAGAUGCACAAGGAAUUGACUUUGGCAGCAAACACCAAGGUACAGCAGUCUGCGACGCACUAGCUGCCUUUGACAUCUGCUGGAAAGACUUGUUUUUCCAUCCCAAGUCACAUGCUAGCUUGUGAUCUGAUCAUGAGAUACAAAGGAUAAUCUUCCAAUAUUUAUUUUCCUCAUCAUCUGGAAUUCUAAAAGGCAGAGGAAAAGACUAAAAAGCAGUGUGAAACAAAAAUACCAAGCCUUCUUUUUUGGCGACUUGGUGUCACUCUAAUCUCAGCAGGGCACUGGGUGCUUUGCUGGCUGCUCAGGCAGGGCAGAAGUUGCCAGAUGAUGGCUGGCAGCAGCAAUGCACAUGGGGCUGGUGAUGCCCUGUGUGGGGGGAGCAAGGCUGACUCAUGGGCUCAGCAGUGGGUGCAGGUGAGGGGCCGUAGUGUUGGGAGGGGAGUGGGGUAGGAUGGAGGACUGAUGGGAAAUGGAGUGGCUGCUCUGCUCUUGCUCUAUGCAGCAAAUAAGAAGGAGCUGUGCGAAGAUGGAGGAGUCUGAUGCAGUCAUGUUAGGUUGUUCAUGGCCUCACAAACUGUCUGGCUGUAUAUGUAGCUGCCUUUGCUUCUAAAUUGAGUAGAAAACAUUGCUACUGCAUUCACAAGAUGUGGGAGAGCCCCAUCCUGGGACCAUCGCAGGGCACCAGAGGAUGGCAGGGCUCAUCCUGCCCCACAGCACCGCAGAUGGGCCUGUGCCAGCCUUCAGCACUAAAUGUGUUUGAUUAUAAAUGUCAGAGUCACAUUUUUUAUAACGAUCUCUCGAUGCAAUUAGCUACACAGGUGGAGUUUAUAGGUUUACAGUGAGCCCAGCUGAACAAUUAAAUCACCCUCCAAUAAAAUCCCCCACAUGAUCUCUGGGGAAUUUUGCUAGCACGUCUCUCCUGUGAGCUGAUGCGCACCUGUGGGAUGAUAGCUGUGGAGCACCAGAGGUCCCCACGCACCCCUGGCUGUGCUGGCACUGCGGCUGUCGGGACAGCAGCUGAGCUCUGGCAGCGCAGGGCUGUGCUGCUGCCGGCAUGGCUCAGAACUGGCUCAGCCUGUCCUCACUGUGAGCCUCUGCUGCUGGUGGGACACGGGGCUGGGACAGCCGUGCUGCAGGCGUGGGUUAUUUCACAGAACUGCCGCCUGCGGAGGAAGCGGGGUGAGGCCCCACUCUGUCAGCGCCUACCACAGCCCAGCCACAGCUAUUUCAGUGCCACAGCUAUUUCAGGGCAGCGAAGCUUUCCAGUAAAAUGGUGUCGAGAGUGGCAUGUGGGCAGUGGGGUGGUGUCCCUGUGUGAGUUUCCCUGGAGCAGGACACCAGAUGCUGAGGUGCUGGUAGUGAUGACAACUGGCCGUGCUGCUGCCUGCAGGGCUCACAGACUGCGGGGCUCACAGACUGCGGGGCUCAUGGAUUCAGGGCUCACGCUGCUCUUCCUGAAGGUGUUUCCCCAGCAGGUCUCACUGGCAACGUUCUUUUGCAGCAGAGCAGGGUGGUGGGAGCAGGGGCUGCAGAGUGGCAGUGUGCGUGCGUGCCUCAGGAGGAGCACGUGGCUCUGAGUGUGGCUCCUGGGAGAGAAGGCAACUGGUGUCUGUAAGGAAAUAAGCACAUGCUGAAGCACAUCCUCUCAGUGGCCGUCUCCUGCUUUCCUGAAUUCCUUGGGGACAAUGAGCGCUUUGUAACCUCACUAGGCCCUCAGCAGCCGGCGCAGCUCCUGUGUGAGCUCAGCAGCUGUAAAUCAGCGCAGUGCUAUCGCUGGGGCAAGUUCGGUGCUGAGUGCUUUGAUCUGCAAUGCUUUUUAUUUGUCACCCUCUGUGGAGAUACACGCAAGGUCAGACAGAAGGCUGAUGGCUGAAGGCACUCAUUGCCACGGCCCAGGGAGGCCGGUGGUUUGUCACACCAGUGCUCAGGUUGCCAGCUGCAGGCCUGGGCAUCGAGGCUGUAUCCUUCUGCACAGGGCUGUGUGCUCUGCUGCACAGGGACUGUGUUGUAUUCUGCUGCACAGGGGCUGCAGCCGUGGUUCUCACGGAUGUCCUGGCACUGCACAAAUAGAAAUGUGUAUGCAGUACACUCGUGUUCUGGCAUCUGAUUUCUGUUUGCCAUUUACUUUCUCUGUCCAUUUUGGAAAUGGAUCAAAACCAAGCCAACCUGAAAGUUACUGUACAAAUCCUCUUGAGCCUCUCCUGAUGUGACCUCAGGCGGUGCCAAACGAAUAGCCAGCACUGCGUGCCAACAGCCCUCAGCCCGCACACAGUCCUGCUGUCAGGGGCAAGUCAGCUCCAUCUGAUGCAUCUGGGCAGUGGCUGUGCAGUGUUCCUAUGAGGCACUUGAGAAGGCUUACCCUGUUGGCCUGAGCCUUGUGAUUGUGACAGAAGGUCACUGAGCCCCAUGCUGUGCCCUGCAUGCCACUGCUGCUCUGCUGGCAACUCACUGAUUUGUUUUUAGUGUUGUCCUCUCCUGAAGGUGCUGUGGACCUGUCCUGGUGCCCAGCAAGCGGCACCCAGAGCUCAGGACACAGGUGGGUUCAGCAAGGCCCGGUGGGCACAUCCCACGCAGGUGUCCAUGCCGUGCUCCCGAAUGAGCCACUCAGCCAGGUCAGCCUGGUUUUCCUGUUUACUGUCUGCAUGGAAAAUAGGAGCAGAGUACAAAACCUCAUCCCUGGGCUAUAAAAAGACACUGCUGUGUGGGCACAGGAAUUUUACCUUCCCCUCCUUGCAGCCAGGCAGCGCCACAGCGGCGCCAGGUGCACGGCCAGCGGGUGGUGAUGGCCACAGGGUCAGGAGAGAGGCCUGAAAUAGCAGCUCCCUGCAGGAGGGACUUCUUGCAGGAGUCAGAGCCAUCCAGCACUUGUCUUGGGCAGGGUGCAGAAAGGGCCCCUGGGGGCCUCAGCCAGCAGGUGAUUGGGGCAGGUGGGACCCUGCCCGGACACUGAUCCAACCUGCCUUUGUGUUGGUUUUACAGCAUCAAGAUGAGUUACUGGAAUCCUAAACCAGAGAGAUUGCUAAACCUUGUUUGCCUUGGAUUGUUUGUCCAAAAAUAUACUGUGAGGUGAACUCUUUCUUCCCUUCAUAACUGGCCGUAAUCUUAUCUGAAGCCUUCAAAGUCUUCUCAAGGAGAUAAUAACAACAGCAAAAAAAAGUCCAAAAGUGUUUGUUUGUGAACCUUGAGAGCAGCCGUGGCUGGGUGGGCAUUCACCCGUCACCAGUCAGGGCUCCAAAAGUUGUCAUUGUAGCUUGGAGCCAGAAGCAGGAGGCUGUUGGUUAUGGUGUGGAGCAGCCCCAGUGCUGCAGGCACAGCUCAUGGGGACAUUUGUCACCGCCACCAGCCCCAAGGCCAGUGCCACCCUGCUGAGGCUGUGUGCACUCUGGCUGCCCCCACCCCGCAGCUGGGUUUUGGGUCCAGAGCAGCGGGUUUCUGCCUCCAUGAAGACUUUGGAAGUGUGCUCCGGGCUCGUUCCUCAGCUUGUCACUGCAGUGUGGACUGCAAACAGAGGGAGCAGUAGCUGGGGACCCAAUGAGGUGAGUGGUGGCCUUGUGGUGCCCAGCCCUGGAUCCUGUUUGGGUCUGUGCCAUACUGUGAGCAGCAGCACAGCAGAGUUGGAGAGCUCAGCCCAGCCAUGCUGACACACUCAUUUUGCAUAGGUUGUGUGCACAGGCUGCUGCAGUUUGCCUCGGGUUUACCACACAUUUUCAUCAUGUUUGCAAAAUGCUCUUAUCACGAAUUGCACAAACCAGCCCCAUCCUCAUCCACUCAGAGCGAUGACUCCAGCAUGUCCGGUCAGCUGAGCGCACCGUGUGGCACACAGUCGUGGCUCAGAGAUGCUUGAGUCUGCUACUUUCAGAUUUAUUUAUUUUUUCCAGAGCCCUUGCACUUGGCCCGCAGAAGCGUUCUGUCAGCGCUGCAGCCGGCAGCGGGCUGAGGCCGGGACGGUGCUGCCUGCCGAGGGCUGACACGGCCUUUCCCUAUGCAAAUGUGCUACAGUGAAGCCCGCAGUGCAGCGAGCAUCUGCGUGCCUGGUGUCGGGCUGCGUGCCACCGCUCUGCUUUGCAGCGAGGGCAUGGCUGAGGCUGUGACAGAGCCCAUCUCAUGUCACAGAUGGGGUUUGGGAUGGAGUGCUGCACCCAGAGAUGAAUUACAGCCCCGCAGAGCCGCGUGCUGCCAGUGCUACCUGCGGGCACUGUGCUCUGGGGUCGGGUCACCGCACAGCCGGGGAAAGGCCGCUCUCGGGGUGCGGGUGGGCAGUCAGCAGAUGGGGCCGACACGAGGCACUGAGUCACGGCCACGACAGCCCCCGCGUCACACGGCGCUAUCAGCUGCCCAAGGGUCAAGUGACCGCAGUUCAGAACAUGAAAGUGCUGUGCAAAUGCCAAAAACCGAAGGUACUGAGCAACACUUCCCCGUCCCCGCGCUCGUAGGCCGUUCCCCUCCGCGGCCGCCUGGAGCAGCAGCGCACCCGCCCGGCCGCACGACACCGCACAGCACCGCUGCCGCCGCCGGGAGGCGCUGCGCUGCCGCCCGCAGCUCUCUCGCAGCCGGCCCGCUGCGUGUGGGCUGCCGGGGAGGCGCAGGUUAGACAGGUGGUGGUGCUUGGUGCUGUUACUCUAGCAGAAAAAUGCGUGUCACCGCUCUUACAAAAAGGGCAGCUGGGGUGGCUCCUGUCCAGCUGCCUGCUCUCCGCAGACACCAGUCUGCCUCGGAAAUGCCGCUGCCCACCUUUACGAGCCCGGCUCCAGUAGCACACCCGCCAGCAGCAUUCAGCAGUGGCCACUUUCCCCCAGGCUUUGUGCUGGCACAAACUCGCCUCACUACUGCCAGCGCGAUAAUUUUUCCACUUGCAGUUUCGGGCAUUCAAUCCAGCCUGCCCUCACCAGCUGUGUGCUGCCCAUCUGGCUCUAAGCACGGCGCAACAAAGGCAAAACGUGUGUGUGUGCAGCCGGACAGGUGGCCUCCGUGGGAGCACGGUGCCCACAGCGCUGCCUGUGUCAGGGUCAGGCUUCUCCCUGUGGAGCUGGGCUGCCCGCUGGGGCUCCCUGUCCCCCAACACACACAGGAGCAGUGUGCUGCUGGCAUCAGCUCCGGAUCAUAGAAUGGUGGUCACUUCUGAAGGUCACACACAGCCUCUCCAUGGCUAAUUUGCUGUCUGUGGCUGACAAAAGCAGGAUGGAUCAAAUGUCUUCCAACAGAUCUGUGUUAAAAAUGAAGUACUGAUGCUUGGAGAACUGACAGUCCCACCAGAAAUAAUGCAGGCUGCUGAGAGCCCUGGCUGCCUCAUAAACAGCAUCUUCCCACAUUGUCAGAACAGCUUAUCUGCUAUAGGAAUAAAUAAGCAGUUACUUGAAUGAAAAUGUUAAUGGCAGAGAUAUAAAUCAUGUUGCUCUGCUGUAAAAAUAUGCUGCAGCUUAGAAGUGCAUCCUUAUUUCUCAGAUGUAUGAAAAUGCAGGUGCUUGUAUGAAGAAGAUAGAUAUGCAUAGCUAUGUCUUUCUCUCUGUAUUUAUGCAUAAUGAUAUGCAUGUGUUGUACUCAGACCAGCAGCCAAAACCACCUGGCAGUCGGCCCCUCUGCCCAAGACAUGCUUGGUGUGAGGCACGGAGCUCCCCUCCGAGGUCUGACUGGAUCCCUCCUGCUCAGGAUGUAACAUAGCAACCACUGCUUGGUGCCAGGGAGGCCAUAUCUCAGAGUUAAUUGUUGCUGCCCUUACUAAUGGCCACUGCUGUGGCUUCUGGCGUGUUGCUGAACCAAGCUAGGGAAACAGAGGUUUGUGAGUAGAGCCCUUGGAGCAGCUGGCUGUGCAGGGAAGUGUGCAGCAGUGAUGGGUGCAAAGCCGUGCUAGUUCUUGGUAUACAGCUGAGCUACCCUUUCCUAAAGGAUGGAUGUGGCUGCAUUGGAGGAACUGUCUGCACCAUGUUUCACCCUGCUCAGCAGCUGCUGCAACCACAGAGCGGACGGUCGGCCUUGGUGCAAUGACUGAUUAAGGGAGCCCCUCCACAAGCCGGUGUCUGCAUCUUCCUGUUGGCUUCUGCUCUUGAAGGAGCGAUGGCUGUGUCUGUGUUGGGGCUCCCAUUGGGCACCAGCACACCCCGGCACUGCUGCUGCUGGCCCUGAGCUGAUGUGAGCAUCGGCUGCAGCACCAGCAAGGGGUUAUAUAAAGCAGAAGUGGUUUAUAUAAGCCUAUUUUAUCUGCAAAUCAUUUAUAUUUAGAACACCUAUUUCUGCUGGAAACCCUAAAAGCGUGUUACAUAAGAGCCUGAUAAAUCCUUUGGCUUAGUGUUUCAGCAGAGGGAGGGAGCAUUCGGUGCAUGGGGCGUUCAGAUUCGUUUUGUAACCAGAGCCUGAAUGUGCCACCUGCAGCUGGGCUCGGGAUCCUCUCUCCUCUCUCCACAGCACCUUGAUUAGAGCAGAACAUGUCCCUGUGCUGCUUGGUGUUACACCCACCGGACUGCAGCUGCUGGCCUUCCCUGAGCUCACUCUUGGGUGAGCCAUGGGUGAACGGCACAGGGACAAUGGCUGUCCCACUUCCACAGGGCACCACGCAUUUUGCCCAGGUUCCUCGUGGUCCCACUCCCAGAGGGCGGGCAGGAGGGCACUGAACCCCGCGCCCUGUGAGCAGUAGCAGUGUCUCCCCUGUGGCACUGUCUCCCACGGGAUGUGUGACCCCUCGCUCCCCAUCACGGAUCAUGUGUCUUAAGCAAAUUCUUCUCAUACUUCGCUUGAGCCAGAUGCUGUAAAUUGGAUUAAUGUGGUGCCGGGAGAGAUUUCUAGAAAUAUUUAAAACUAGCACUAAUGGGAAAGUAGCUUAUGGACUGCCCAAGGGUCAGGGGGUUUCAGUGGCUGCUGGUGGUGCAAAACUUCCCACUGAGGAGCAGAGGAGUAUUUGGGGCAGUGGCUGUUUCAAUGCAAUGGAUACACAAGGCUGAGUUGGUGCCAUUGCCAUCACUGGAGCAUCCCCACAGCUGGGAACACAACAACCUGCAGCAAAUGCAUACUGGCACUAGCAGCUGCUGGCUGUUUGAAGGCAGGCAGCUGAGAGAUACGUGAUGUGGUUUUCAUGUUGCUUGCACUGCAGCUCUGAAAGUAGCCUGGGAGCAGCACAAGAGAAAUACCGCUCCCCUGAGGCCCUGCGCCUCAUCCCGCUGCUUGGCUGUGCCUCCGUGGCCGCAUCAGUUCAAUAGAUAUGGAGCCAGGUUGAUGGGUUGUAAGCAAUACUUUAUGGCCUUCAUCUGAUGAAAAAGAGGGAUGGCAGUGCUGAGAGCAGGUGAAGGAGCACACCAUGUAAAUGGUCACAGUCCGUCGCAUUUUGGGGCCCGACAAACAUGAAGAAUCAUGUAGGUAUCCAUGUGAUAAUUAUCUACAUAGAAGUAACAAUCUUUCAGUAAGUGUCAAUACCAUAUUUGCUAAGAAACUCUGUAGUAUUAGCAGAAAGAAUUCUGAGAGGCAGACAUAAUAGAAAAUAAAAAACAAACCCAUCUGCUUUAUUAAUCAUGGCUUUAAAAAUGUCUCUGCUAGCUAUGCAGCUAUUUCAAGAACUGUACUGUUUAAAUCUAUAUCCAAACAAACACAGAAGCCACAAUAAAUCUGUCAUUCAGUUAUUCAGUUCUGUGGCUUUAAAUGAUGAAAAACACUAAAAUUCAAGAGCAACAUUAGAUGGAAACGUUGUCUUUGUGCAGCUUGUAACACUGGGGAUUUAGCUGCUAAUCCUCUCAAUAUGGGAACUGUUGAGUCACAGCCUGACCCACUGAUUGAGCACCUGUGGAAAGGACCCAGUCAGCCCUGGGAGCACAGGUGAAGGCAAUUCAGCUGUGUGACCAGCAGGGGUGGAGCCUGGCUGCACCUCUCUCAGACCCUAUUUAAUGGCUGACUGCCGUAGGGAAGCAUCUCUGGUUGGAUUUCCUUCUUUUGUAGAUCUUUCUCAUGAGCACAGAUCUUCAGAGAUGGGUGAGUACCUUUCCUUUGUCUUUGUAACACCAUUCCAUUUGUGUUAGUCCCUUUGCUACUGCACUCCUGUACACCUUCCCCUGUAUUGACCCUUGUGGUUAUAGCACUCUCCAAAUGGCAUCCCUAAGGAAAGGAAUGGGAAAAUGUCCCUUUACCACCAGUGUGGGCCUAGACAUCUGUGCUGACUUCUAUUAGCUCCAGCCUGGAGGUGUGAGUGGAAACAGAGUGGUGGUCACCAUGCAGGAAAUGGAUCCUGGCAGUAUGUGUAGUAUGGAUACCUGUUUGGAAAGGUGCUGUGGGGAUUUGUCCUUAUCUUGUACCUGCCAUGGGGGGAUUAAGGAGGCCAUGAGACCUCCAUGCUGCCCAGCACCCGGGGCACGGCCUGAGGAGCACGGAGGAAUUCACGCGCUGAGGAAGGCUGAAUCUCACCAGGCCUCAUCUCUGAGUGGGCAGCAGGCUGAGCGGGCAGGAGGUGACUUCCAUGUCCUGAGCUGUGUCCAGCUGCAAGCAACUGCUGGCAGAAUGCUCUAAGCCUGGACCAGAAGUUGUGAAAACGAGGAAAAAGGUUGAAGUCAUAUGGAAGUUGAGCAGGACAAAACAGUCUUCCGCUGACUAAGAAACAAAUUGCAAAACUAGGGGGAAAAAAAUAGCACACCAACAACCAAUUCAGUGAUGUUGAUGUGUUUAGUGACACAUCAACAUAGAACAUUAACAGUAAGGGGAGAUUAACCCCAAUGCGAAAAAUGGAGAAGGAGGAAGCCCUUCCCCUUGUCUCCUCCACAAGGCCAUACUCUCAAUGGCAGUCCUUGCCUCCAGCUGACACCAACCGAAGCCACCCCUGUCCCUGCUUGAAUGAAGGACACGAUAGAUGGGGAGGUAGGCACAGCUGCCGUGCCACAGUACAGGAGGAUCUUGGCUGGUGCCUCCAUUGGACAAGAAGUGUAGAAGCAAUCGAUUCCUGAAGGCAGUGCACAAGUGCUUCCUGAGAGGCCCUCGAGCCCACAGGUGCCAGCGCCCUUCCACUGGGAAUAAUGGGAGGUUAGGGUUGUACAAGUGAUCGCAUUGCUUGGCUCUGAAUUCAGGCCAGUCACAAGGUCCCUGUCCUGCACCCAGCAUCCUUUCUCACUUCUCACUGUACAUAACAUUCUGGCUGGGUGACAUAAAGGUUAAAAGUAAAUUUGGCUGCAGUAGGACAGUGCACAGAUUAGGAGAGGAAUGUUAUUAUCGUUGUUCACUAUAGAAGGACUGCUUUGCAGUCAGGAUGCGAUAGACAAACGCCAGCAAAAAGACAGUCACUGUGUGCAAGGGCUGACAGAAGUGCUUGCAGAACGGUGCUGGCUGUGCUGUUCAGAGGCUUAUUUCCCCUGCACCAAUAACCAGAAGGAACCUGAACAACAGUGUGGCUCCAGCUUCUCAGAAGCCCAGCUGCGAUUCUCUGCACCCUGCGGCAGGAAGGAGCAGAGCAGGGGGUGAGGAGCUGCUGGCCCCACAGAGCUCACUGAGCUGUGCUGCAGAAGCACCUCUGAGUGCAGCGUGGGCCCUCUUAUAGCCGUGUAUGGGAUUAUAUAUAGCAAAUCUUAUUAAGUUAAAACUAAAUACAAUUGUCAGAAUUGGCUGACUGUGACUGAGAACUCUUGAUCAGAACGAACUGUUCAGUGCUAUUAGAGCCCGUGUGAUGACAGUGCGUUCAACAUGCUCUGUCCUGGUUGUUACAUAAGGGUAAACAUCUCUAGCUGAAGUCAUUGUUAGAUACACUUUAAAUGAUGCCUUUAAUUAAAGACCACAUACAGGAGAAAAGGUACUCUUAAAAGAUGGCUAGCGUCCUCAUUUCUUGCUUUUUUAUUAAACAAGGGUGUUCCAUUUUCCUUGGCAAGCACCAUGGCACUAAACAGUCAUCCUUUUACCUGGCUUACAAUAUAAGUUUUUUCUGUGAUUUGUUUCAAAAGAUAAUUUAGUUGCUAGGUCACAGCUCAAGGACCAUGCACGGAACUGUCCUACUUUCCUCCAGGGGUGGGCAGGGCUGUGAGCACAGCACAAACCCCCCCACCCCAGGGUGCUUCUCAAAGCCCUGCUCUGACCAUUCUCAUACCGCAGGGCUUCUGCCUCUUAUCCUGGAAGAACCCAACUCCACGCCUUGAGUUAUCGUUGUUUUCUAGCAGUAGAUUUAACUCUGCAUGAUCCUUGCAGAGCAUUUCCACUUUCUUUAAUCUCUGCACAGGGGAUUACUCCUCCUUAAUAAGCACAGUGGUCUGGCUGUACCCUCCAAUUGCCAGCAUGUGCAACCUCUUCAAGCAGGGCUGGCACCACUGCUGCAAGUCAAAGGAGAGAAGAACUGCACAGUCUCAGCACCUGUGUGCUGCUUUCUUGUGUAAAAUGCUCCUACUCUACUGUCACAAGCUGAGGCUGUAUUUUUUAAGCGUACUUUUGCACAAGAUGUGCUUUCAGCCUGAAUUUUAACUGCAGUUCCUAAGCGCUUCCCCUAUUCCUGUGGAGAUGUUGCUGCACUCCAGCCCAGACACUCCCUUAUGGGAAAGGGCCAACAUCCUUCCUCCUGCCCCAGCCCCAUCUAUACAAAGGGAAGGGGCUAUGCCAAAGCUCAGCAGCACACACAGUGUCCUUGUUCUAACAAAGCUGCAGCUGCCAGAGAAGCAGAAAUGGAAACAUUAUGGAAAAAGUUCCUGGAGUUUGACAGAAGAUGCAGUUUUAUUGUAUAGCUAAUUAGCUACCUCAGGAAUGGCUCUGAUGGGAAGAACUAGGAAAGAAGUAAAUACUGUUGCCCUUAAAGCAUGCUGCAGCAGAUGCUUGGUCUACAUGUUUCCAAAUACCUUGUAGCAGUUACCUGGUCUUGCUCCUGAAAUCUCUUUAUUGUGCAACACUGGUGGGCUACUCUGCUGCUGCAGGUUGUCAGUGACAUGAAGGCACUGCAUGCAGGUGCACUGUUCUUUCCACUUUGAUAACAAGUUUAAAAACUUAAUUGCUGCCCACUUGCACUCUGAAAUUGAAUCAUAUAGCAAAAGGAAAACUAGACAGAAUGUGGGCCCCUUACUUAAUGAAAGGGGGGGGAGGGGGGGUUCUGGUAAUGGGGGAUGCUGAGAAGGCAGAGAUACUGAAUGCCUUCUUUACUUCUGUCUUGAGUGAAAAGGCUCUCCUUCAGGUUUCCCACACCCUGGAGGUUAGUGAGAGGGUCUGGGGAAUGGGAGACUUCCCUUCAGUCAGGAAAGAGGAGGUGCGUGAGCGCCUAGGCAGUACUAAGGUCCACAAGUGUAUGGGACCUGAUGGGGUGCAUCCACGUGUGCUGAGGGAGCUGGCGGAGGUCAUUGCCGGACCGCUCUCCAUCAUUUUUGAGAGGUCUUGGAUAACAGGGGAGGUCCCUGAAGACUGGAGGAUAGCCAAUGUCACUCCGGUCUUCAAAAAGGGCAAAAAGGAAGACCUGGGUAAUUAUAGGCCAGUCAGCCUCACCUCUGUCCCUGGAAAGGUGAUGGAACAGCUGGUGCUGGAUGCCAUCUCCAGACAACUGGAAGAAAAGGAGGUUAUCAGGAGUAGUCAGCAUGGAUUCACCGAGGGGAGGUCGUGCUCGACCAACCUGGUGGCCUUCUAUGAUGUUGUCACAUGCUGGGUGGAUGGGGGGAGAGCAGUGGAUGUAGUCUACCUUGAUUUUAGAAAGGCAUUUGAUACUGCCUCCCACGACAUCCUUAUAACAAAGCUGAGGAAGUGUGGGAUAGACGAGAGGACAGUGAGGUGGGUUGAGAACUGGCAAAGCACAGAGGGUCAUCGUUGGCGGUGCAGAGUCUGGCUGGAGACCUGUAACCAGUGGUGUCCUCCAGGGUCUGUGCUGGGUCCGGUCUUGUUCAACAUCUUCAUCAAUGACCUUGAUGAGGGGAUAGUGGCCACCCUCAGCAAGUUUGCUGAUGAUACGAAGUUGGGAGGAUUGGCUGACACGCCUGAAGGCUGUGCUGCCAUUCAGCGAGACCUGGACAGGCUGGAGAGCUGGGCAGUAAGAAACCAGAUGAGGUUUAACAAAGGCAAGUGUAGAGUCUUACACCUAGGGAGGAAUAAUUGCAUGCACCAAUACAGGCUGGGGGAUGAGCUGCUGGAGAGGAGCUCUGCAGAGAGGGACCCAGGUGUCCUGGUGGACGACAGCUUGGCCAUGAGCCAGUAGUGUGCCCUUGUGGCCAAAAAGGCCAAUGGCAUUCUGGUGUGCAUUAAAAAGAGUGUGUCCAGCAGGUCAAAGGAGGUGAUCCUCCCCUUCCACUCUGCCCUGGUGAGGCCUCAUCUGGAGUGCUGUGUCCAGUUCUGGGCUCCCCAGUACAAAAAAGACAGGGAUGUCUUGGAAAGAGUCCAGCAGAGGGCCACAAAGAUGGUGAAGGUCCUGGAGCAUCUCUCCUAUGAGGAAAGGCUGAGUGAAAUGGGUCUGUUCAGACUCAAGGAAAGAAGACUGAGAGGGGACCUGAUCCAGGUUUAUAAAUAUCUGAGGUGUGGGGGCCAUAGUGGUGAGGCCAAUCUCCUUUCAGUGGUACAUGGAGACAGGACAAGGGGAAACGGACAUAAGCUACAGCAUAGGAAUGUGCGCAAGAACUUCUUUACGGUGAGGUGACGGAGCACUGGAACAGGCUGCCCAGGGAGGUGGUGGAGUCUCCUUCUCUGGAGAUGUUCAAGACCUGCCUGGAUGCCUACCUGUGCAACCUGCUGUAGGGAACCUGCUUUGGGAGGGGGGUUGGACUCAAUGAUCUCUAGAGAUCCCUUCCAACCCCUACAAAUCUGCGAUUAUGUGAUUCUGUGGCCUCGUGCGCUCAUGAAAAUUACUGAGUGCAGACGGAUUGCAAAAAGGGGAGGUGGGAUUUGGGUGUAGGGUCCCCAGCCCCGAGCUGGGUGCACGGCUGCGCCCGCACCGGGGAAAGGCAUUGUGACAUCACAGGCGGGGCAUGACAUCAGUCUUUAUCAAGUCACGCUGGCGGCCUCCCCCAGCUCAGACACUUGGAGCACUCGCUCCGUCCUGGUGGUCACUGCUGGAGCUCUGCUCUGGGUGACAGCCACUUGUGUGUUGAGAGCGGUCCUUGGGAGAGAGCAGGAUGAAGCUCAGCCUGACUCUCUUCCUCAUCUUACUUGCUUUCAUCUCUCCAAUUCCUGACACGUCCAGCUGCCUCAGCUGGGUCGGGAAUUGGGACAAAAAGCUGCUCCAUCCCGAGGAGCAGCAUCCCUUAGAGACCGAGUGCCAGCCCUCCAGCUGGCUCUCCUGGCUUGGUCUAACCACCUGCCCCACCAAGAUCGAGGAUGGCAACAAAAGGAACGUCCUUCACCAGGAGCACGGACCUACUGACACCAAGAGCCAGCCCUCCAACUGGCUCUGCUGGCUUGGACUGACAUCCUGCUCCACCAAGAUCGAGGACAGAAAGAGAGACCAGGUCCUUCCCGAGGAGCAGCGUCCGAUUGAGUCUGAGAGCCAGCCCUCCAACUGGCUCUGCAGGCUUGGACUGACAUCCUGCUCCACCAAGAUCGAGGACAGAAAGAGAGACCAGGUCCUUCCUGAGGAGCAGAGCCUGUUUGAGUCCAAGAGCCAGCCCUCCAACUGGCUCUGCAGGCUUGGACUGACAUCUUGCUCCACCAAGAUCGAGGACAGGAAGAAAGGCCAGGUCCUUCCCGAGGAGCAGAGCCCGUCUGAGUCCAAGAGCCAGCCCUCCAACUGGCUCUGCAGACUUGGACUGACAUCUUGCUCCACCAAGACCGAGGACGGGAAGAAGAACAAGGUCUUUGAUGAGGAGCAGAGCCCCGUUGAGACCAAGGGCCAGCCCUCCAACUGGCUCUGCUGGAUUGGACUGAACACCUGUCCUCAGAAUGGAGAGAAAAAAGUCGUGCGUCCUGAGAAGAGCCUGCCCGUUAAUGCUGAGCACCGUGCCUCCCACUGGCCCUUCUGGAUUGGCCUUUCUCCACACCCCAGAUGGGUCCCGGAAAGGGCCAGCGAGUCUGUUGAUCCAGAGGGCCCAAAGCAGCAGUCCCCGCACACCGAGCAAAAGGCCUUCAGCGUGCUUGACAUCCUCAACAUCUUCAAGGACUUAAUAAGGCCAACCCUGAUAAUCUGCGUCAUUCUGGAUUUAUGGGGAGACUGCUACCUGUUCCGGCUGCUGUGGGUUGCCUACCAGCUCUGGAGAGAUCUGUGAAGACAUCAGGCACAGGGAACGGAACUAACGGCCUCAGCUUCAGAACGGGAAGAGUGUGAUUUCCACAAGGCGCUUCUGUCCAUCUGGCAGCCUGUGGGUCAAAUGGUGACCAAAGGUGGCGCUGAAGGCAACUGCGAUGACAACAACAUCUUCCACUGGGUGGACACCAACCUCCCCCAGAUCAUCACCUCCAUUUUCCAUCAGUCAUGAAAUAAAUAACAUCAUCAUUUCCACAGCCUGUGUCAUUGUGGUGGCAGUGCGUCCGGGACAGUGGCAGCACUAAAGGCAUUGGUGCAGGACAGCGCUGCUGUUCGGGGACUGGGGGCAUGUUCCUAGGCAGGAGGAAGGGCGGUGGGCCAGGGAUAAAAGAGGCAUCGGUGGCUGUGAAGCGUCCAGAGACAGCCAUGCCCCAGGGGAGAGAGCACAUGUUGAGCGCAAGAACUUCUUUACGGUGAGGUGACGGAGCUCUGGAACAGGCUGCCCAGGGAGGUGGUGGAGUCUCCUUUUCUGGAGAUGUUCAAGUCCUGCCUGGAUGCUGACCUGUGCAACCUGCUGUAGGGAACCUGCUUUGGGAGGGGGGUUGGACUCAAUGAUCUCUAGAGAUCCCUUCCAACCCCUACAAAUCUGCGAUUAUGUGAUUCUGUGGCCUCGUGCGCUCAUGAAAAUUACUGAGUGCAGACGGAUUGCAAAAAGGGGAGGUGGGAUUUGGGUGUAGGGUCCCCAGCCCCGAGCUGGGUGCACGGCUGCGCCCGCACCGGGGAAAGGCAUUGUGACAUCACAGGCGGGGCAUGACAUCAGUCUUUAUCAAGUCACGCUGGCGGCCUCCCCCAGCUCAGACACUUGGAGCACUCGCUCCGUCCUGGUGGUCACUGCUGGAGCUCUGCUCUGGGUGACAGCCACUUGUGUGUUGAGAGCGGUCCUUGGGAGAGAGCAGGAUGAAGCUCAGCCUGACUCUCUUCCUCAUCUUACUUGCUUUCAUCUCUCCAAUUCCUGACACGUCCAGCUGCCUCAGCUGGGUCGGGAAUUGGGACAAAAAGCUGCUCCAUCCCGAGGAGCAGCAUCCCUUAGAGACCGAGUGCCAGCCCUCCAGCUGGCUCUCCUGGCUUGGUCUAACCACCUGCCCCACCAAGAUCGAGGAUGGCAACAAAAGGAACGUCCUUCACCAGGAGCACGGACCUACUGACACCAAGAGCCAGCCCUCCAACUGGCUCUGCUGGUUUUGCCGAACCAUCUGCUCCAACCAGAUGGAGGACGGGAACAAAAGGCAGGUCCUUCACGAGAAGCAGAGCCCGGUUGAGAUCAAGGCCCAGCCCUCCAACUGGCUCUGCUGGUUUGGCCUAACCCCCUGCCCCACCAAGAUGGAGGACCAGAAGAAAAACCAGGUCCUUCCCAAGGAGCAGCGUCCGAUUGAGUCCAAGAGCCAGCCCUCCAACUGGCUCUGCUGGUUUGGCCUAACCACCUGCCCCACCAAGAUGGAAGACGGGAAGAAAGGCCAGGUCCUUCCCGAGGAGCAGAGCCUGUUUGAGUCCAAGAGCCAGCCCUCCAACUGGCUCUGCAGGCUUGGACUGACAUCUUGCUCCACCAAGAUCGAGGACAGGAAGAAAGGCCAGGUCCUUCCCGAGGAGCAGAGCCCGUCUGAGUCCAAGAGCCAGCCCUCCAACUGGCUCUGCAGACUUGGACUGACAUCUUGCUCCACCAAGACCGAGGACGGGAAGAAGAACAAGGUCUUUGAUGAGGAGCAGAGCCCCGUUGAGACCAAGGGCCAGCCCUCCAACUGGCUCUGCUGGAUUGGACUGAACACCUGUCCUCAGAAUGGAGAGAAAAAAGUCGUGCGUCCUGAGAAGAGCCUGCCCGUUAAUGCUGAGCACCGUGCCUCCCACUGGCCCUUCUGGAUUGGCCUUUCUCCACACCCCAGAUGGGUCCCGGAAAGGGCCAGCGAGUCUGUUGAUCCAGAGGGCCCAAAGCAGCAGUCCCCGCACACCGAGCAAAAGGCCUUCAGCGUGCUUGACAUCCUCAACAUCUUCAAGGACUUAAUAAGGCCAACCCUGAUAAUCUGCGUCAUUCUGGAUUUAUGGGGAGACUGCUACCUGUUCCGGCUGCUGUGGGUUGCCUACCAGCUCUGGAGAGAUCUGUGAAGACAUCAGGCACAGGUAAGCGCUCGGGAUUCAUACUGCACAGAAGGGACUGAGGGUGGGGAGCGGGGAACCGCAAAGGUCUGGUCUGUGAGGGCUUCCAAGCAAAGCAGACCGCCAGAGCUCCAUCAGCUCUCCCCAGAGACUUGCCCGGCCGUAGGGCUGACAGCCAGCCCAGACUCCCAUGCAAAACGGGGCCUGCCGGAGGUGCCCUGAGCCCCACGGGCUGCCCCGAGCUGUCUUGGGACACUGGAGAAGCGGCGCAAGAAUCAGAGCCCUGCAGGGCGAUGCUCUGCAAAACGAGCCUGCAUCCCUUUCUCUGCGCUCAUGCCGUGUCAUUUCCAGGGAAUGGAACAAACGGCCUCAGCUUCAGAACGGGAAGAGUGUGAUUUCCACAAGGCGCUUCUGUCCAUCUGGCAGCCUGUGGGUCAAAUGGUGACCAAAGGUGGCGCUGAAGGCAACUGCGAUGACAACAACAUCUUCCACUGGGUGGACACCAACCUCCCCCAGAUCAUCACCUCCAUUUUCCAUCAGUCACGAAAUAAACAACAUCAUCAUUUCCACAGCCUGUGUCAUUGUGGUGGCAGUGCGUCCGGGACAGUGGCAGCACUAAAGGCAUUGGUGCAGGACAGCGCUGCUGUUCGGGGACUGGGGGCAUGUUCCUAGGCAGGAGGAAGGGCGGUGGGCCAGGGAUAAAAGAGGCAUCGGUGGCUGUGAAGCGUCCAGAGACAGCCAUGCCCCAGGGGAGAGAGCACAUGUUGAGCGCAAGAACUUCUUUACGGUGAGGUGACGGAGCACUGGAACAGGCUGCCCAGGGAGGUGGUGGAGUCUCCUUCUCUGGAGAUGUUCAAGACCUGCCUGGAUGCCUACCUGUGCAACCUGCUGUAGGGAACCUGCUUUGGGAGGGGGGUUGGACUCAAUGAUCUCUAGAGAUCCCUUCCAACCCCUACGAUUCUGUGAUUCAACAGGUACACAGCUAUCAGCAUAACCAGUUGGUUACACACUCAGGCUGUAAUCACAGAUGUACCCCUGCCCAACAUCCCUUACGCUCAGGCUGUACACAGUUGUAGAAGCACACAGAAUCAUAGAAUGGCCUGCUUGAAAAGAACCACAACGAUCAUUCAGUUUCAACCCACCUGCUGUGUGCAGGGUCACAAACCAGCAGACCAAGCUGCCCAGAGCCACAUCCAGUCUGGCCUUGAAUGCCUCCAGGGAUGGGGCAUCCACAGCCUCCUUUGGAACCUGUUCUGGGGCAUCACCACCCUCUGAGUGAUUUCUCCUGAUAUCUAACCUAAACCUCCCCUGUCUCACUUUAAAACCACUUCUCCUUGUCCUAUCCCCCUACCAUAUCCCCUACCAUAUCCCUUGUCCCGCCCCAUCUCUGGAGCCUGCCCUCCUCAAGACAGGCUUCUACUCUCCCUGAGCUC